UUGAAGCAAUUUAAUUUAGUUUAACUUUCUAAUCCAAGUGUUUGAGGAAGUGAUAGCGAUUACUAUGAAUCCCUUAAGAACUGUUUGCCUUUUCAUGGCCCUAUUUGCUUUGGCCUCUGCUAAUAGAGGGCCAGUGAGCUGGCGUGGCAAUAGAAACUCCAUUAAGAAUAGUUUGAAACCUACGGAUUGGUUAUCAGUGUCGCAAUUGGAAUCAUUGCCAUCGAUGCAGGAGAUCACCCUUAGCAAAUUGGAGGAAAUGUCGGUGCAGGAAGGAGGGGAAUUGAUUAAUAAAAUGUAUCACUUGUCCCAGGCUGGUCGUGCUAUUGAACCCAGCUUUGUGCCUAAGGCUAGUGAAAUUCCUGCCUUCCUUAUCACUCCCGACAACAAGAAAGUUAACUUUAAAUUAAGUGAAUUGCCCAAAAUUGCCAAGGAAGAAAAGAGCUUUGGCGAUGAGGAAGUAACCGUCUAUAUUACCGGUCUGCCACAGAACACCGAAACCGUAAAGAAAGCCACCCGCAAACUGGUGCAAGCCUAUAUGCAGCGCUACAAUGGCCAGGCCCCCGAACGCAACAGUGUACGCUAUGAAGACGAUUCCAGUGAAAAGAGAAAUCCCAGCUCUAGUGAAGAGGAUGAGUGGAAGAGCAACUCCAACAAACCCUCUGGUAAUUUAGUGGUUAUUGAAUUGGGCAAUGUGUUAACAAACAUGAAAAACUACGUUUCCUUGGAUGUGGAAAAGACUGGUAUGGAAAUUGGUGAUAUUUUGGUGCAGUGCACCGAUAAGGCUGAUGUACCCCAGGAAAUCGUGCAUGUUAUUGGCUCCAAUAUUGCUGCUCAUGUGGCUGGUGCUGUUGGUCGUCAGUUUACCCGUGAAACUGGUCAUCAGUUGCGUCGUAUUACCGGUUUGGACCCCUCAAAAAUCUAUGCUCAAACUCAGAAAUCUUUAAGAGGAUUGGCCCGCGGUGAUGCUGAAUUCGUUGAUGUCAUUCAUACUUCCGCCUACGGCUUGGGUACUCCCACCCGUUGCGGUGAUGUAGAUUUCUAUCCGAAUGGUCCCAGUGAGGGUGUUCCUGGUGCUGACAAUGUUGUUGAGGCCUCCAUGCGUGCCAUCCGUUAUUUCGCUGAAUCUGUUGUACCCGGAAAUGAACGCAACUUCCCUGCUGUUGGUGCCACCUCUCUCAAGCAGUACAAGGAACAAAACGGCAAUGGCAAACGUGUUUAUAUGGGUAUCAAUACCGAUUACGAUGUUGAGGGUGAUUUUAUACUCCAGGUUAAUGGCAAGAGUCCUUUCGGUCGCAGCGCUCCUGCUCAAAAGCAACAAAACUAUCAUAAUGUCCAUAAGCCAUGGAAAAUGUCUUCUCGGGAUUUUUAAGUGAACUUUAGCCAGCAGUUGGUAAAAUGAGUAUAUGGCUCAUUUUGCUAAGAUAAUGAAUUACUCUCCGAUUUAGCAUAAACUUGUGAUUAUUAAAUAGUUAAAAGAAAUCAAUUUUUGUAUGUAGUAGACUAAGUAGAAACAUUUUUUUCUGUAAUAAACAGCAAUUGCAUUUUUA